GCAUGACGAAACGAAAACAGUAUAGCGUGGCGAGGUCAAGGCCGAGGCUAAGGUCGAGGUCGCCAGGGUUUUAAGUUGUGGGUUUAAGGAUUUAAGCCCUAAAACACAAAAUCAUUGAAAUUUUGAGUUUCAAAGAAAUGGCUAAUUCAAUUGCUGCUCUCUCACGCAGGCUCUCUCGUUCCCUUCUCUCUAACUCCAACUUCUCUCAGAUUUCCAUGCCCUUUUGCACUGACAACCUAUCCUCUCGCGACGACUAUAACUCUGAAGACUCCGAUCUGAACUCCGCCGCGGAUUCUGUGCCCAACUCAACCUCGCAGUCAUCAUUAUUCUCCUCAUCAACAUCUGAACCAACAGCAGCUUCGCCAGCUUCGACUGAUGAUCGAGUGGUCUAUCAACAGCGGCUCGAGGAUGGCCUCGAUGUUGGCAUUUACAGGGCAAUAUUGGUGGGGCAGGUUGGGAGGAGUCCAUGGCAGAAGAAGUUGAGGAAUGGGAGGACUGUGACAAUGUUCUCCCUGGGGACAGGUGGUAUUCGCAAUAAUAGGAGGCCAUUACAGAAUGAGGAGCCAGGAGAGUAUGAAAAUCGGUCUUCUGUUCAGUGGCACCGGGUUGCAGUUUACCAAGAAAGGUUGGGGAGUCUUUUUAUGAAGAGUAUUUUACCAGGUUCAAUUAUUUAUCUGGAGGGAAGUCUGGAGUCCAGGCUGUUCACUGAUCCGAUCACUGGUCUUGUUCGUCGCAUAAGAGAGGUUGCUAUUCGUCAACAUGGUCGGCUUGUGUUUUUGGGAAAAGGGGGUGAUGACCAGCAAGCAAGUGCAAAUGAAUUGAAAAAUGUAGGCUAUCACUAGGAGCAUAACUCAUAACAAUUUGUGUAUUCAUGUAACCUAAUUUUGCUUUGAAUUUGCUUCAAGCUAGUAAUGAUUAUGAUUUAUGGAGGCAGAAAGCCUUGCCGGUUGCCUUUUUUUGUUUA